GUGUGUGAAGGCGCCACGUCGGCAGAACCAGCAGGGUGAAAAAGAGACCUGCGUAGCUCUGCCUGAAACUGUGUGGAGAAGAGGAGAAGUUAAGAAAAGCAGCUGCAGAUUUAAAUGCGAGAAACAGAAGAAGAAGAAGAAGAACAGAAACACAGACUCAGACUCAGACAGACAGAAACACACACAGAGAGAAAAACAGCUUUAUUUAAUCUGCAGCACAGUUUGGCUCGCUGGGCUGAAACAGGAGCUGCACCAGUCUCAAGUUUCUCUGCUGCCAGGUGUGUUUGUGGGAGAGACUACUGGGAACAAUGGUGAAGAAUGUGAACAGCGUUAACACGGAGCCCCAGCCAGGGACCAGCGUGGCCUCGGAUGAAGCUGAACCCGCCUCCAGUCAGCCUGCAGAGGACACCGGUAAGGACCACGUAGCUCCUGCUCCGGGUAUGAUGUGGCGAGUGACCGGCGGCCUCUUCAACGUCACCAAGGGCGUCGUGGGUGCCGCUGUGGGAGGGGUGGCUUGGGUGGGCGGCAAGAGUCUGGAGAUCACCAAGUCGGCCGUGACCACCGUGCCCUCUAUGGGAGUGGGGCUGGUGAAGGGAGGGGUGUCGGCCGUGGCGGGCGGAGUCUCCACGGUGGGUUCGACGGUAGCCAGUAAAGUCCCGUUCACAGCCAAGAGGAAAGACAAGGCCGAGUGAAAGAGGAGGAGGAGGAGGAGCGGCGUGGGCGGCGAAGGUGACGACGACGAUGAUGAUGAUGAUAAUGAUUAUGAUGAUGAUGGAAAUGCCCCACCCUGAGCCAACAAAGAGAGGCUGUCAGCUUGUUCUACUGUCUGCCAAUCAAGACUUUCCCAAAAGGGUCCACAGGUGCCUUCUGAUACCUUUUUCUCGGUCUUGAACGUAGUCUUCUUGCCCACCACGCCGAGAUCGAGACUCUCAUGCAAAAAUACUAUGUUCAAAUACCUUUAAAAAAAAUAAAAAUAUAUCAGUAGUACUGCGUUACCAUGGCAACCCGGAACACCAGCAAAGAAAGAAACAUUAAGUCACCAAAAUGCUUCAUAUAUAUACAUAUAUAUAUAUAUAAAAAGUCCCUCAUGUGACCUGGACUGGGUUUGGAUGUCUGGCUCCAGGCAGAUUACACGGACUGGAAUCCACAUCAGCACGUGGUGGACUUGAAUAUUUUUAUCUGUUUACGAAUCAGACCGAGGCUGCUCCAGUCUUCUGUCUUCUCUCUCUCUCUCUCCUCUCUCUCUCUCUCUCUUUGCAAUCUUUACACACAUUUGGUGGUUAAAAUGCUGAUUUCCUUCUUUUUUUUCUCGAUGGUAUUGAAGUAAUAUUGAAAUCUGUGAGAGAAGAAUGAAAUGUUUCAGCGUUUAAUAAAAGCGAGGGAUCAGCAAAGCGUUCUUCAGGGCACAGUUAGCCUUCAUUAUGCCUGACCUUUUUCUUUAUCGUUCGGAAGAGCCCGGUGGCACGGUGUUUGUUUUUUUUAUACCCCAGCAGCCUUGAAUCUGCAUGUAAGAACACUUCUCUUAAAUGCAUAUCUGAAGACUGUAGUAGACACACUCACAAGAACACCAACACUGGGCUCAGGUCUUUUUUCUUUUUUUUUUUUUUUUUUUUUUUUUGGUUUUGUUCCACAGCUACGUUAUUGUUUGAAAUGUUGAAAUGUUUUUUUUGUUUUUUUCUUUUCAGUACGUAUGAAAUGAAAUGUUUAAAAAAAAUAAAAAUAAUAAAUGCUGUGUCGGACAUUUAAAGUUGAGUUUUAAAGAUUUAAGAAGAACAGUUUCAGCAGCUUUUUUUGUUUCAUUGACGGUUGCGUAUGUGUGUGAGAAGAAGAAGAAGAAAAGUGCCCGAUGUUGUCUGAACUGCUCAGUCAGUAAAAUGUUGAACUGUUGAACCUUUUUUAAUCACGGAGGGUUAACACGUCACUGGGUUUUUUGGAGGCAACAUUUGUGAACGUUUAUAUGCAAUAUCAACAUUUCAAUGCAACAUUUGGAGUGAGUGGAUGCUGUUGCUGAUGGGACUUAACUAUGUGAAUGUCUUGUAUGUGUUUUUUUUCCUUUUUUCAGUACAUAAAUAAAGUAGUUUGGGAAGUUAAGUAUAUCUGAUAUUCUGACUGGA